AACGAAUUAAAAAUUUUAAGUACUACAAUUAUAGAAACAUUUGGCAAAAAUGUUUAAGUUAAGCAUUGUUCAUUUUCUUGUAAUUUUUACAUUUUCAAAUUUUAAUCAAAUCAAAGGACAUGAAAAUGCAUUUGAAGAUGGCGAUUAUGAACAUGGACUAAAUCAAAAUGUAACCUUAUCACGAUCCAAAAGAGGAGUCGUGAAUUUGUAUUUAAUGAUGAAAUGUGGCAAUAACAAAUGUAAACCAUUUUCCUACAAUGGACAUGGUUGUUUUUGUGGAAAAGGAGGCUCUGGAAUACCUGUAGACGAUAUUGAUAAAUGUUGUAGAAUGCAUGAUAUAUGCUACUCGAAAAUUAAUGUUUGUAUUUCUUGGUUCUAUUAUUGCAUGCCUUAUGAAUGGGAGUGCUCCGAAAAAGGAAAGCCAAUUUGUGAUUAUGAAAAAGAAAAAGACAAUGGAAAAUUGUCAAUUGGUCAAGAAUUGUGUAAAUGUGAUCGAGAUUUUGCUUUAUGUUUAUCACAAUUCUCUUGUCCAGAAGAAAAAGCCAAAUGCAUUCCCGGUCAUGGAGAGAAGCAAAUUAAUGAAACACAAGAAUUCAUGACAAAGGAAAAGAAAAAAUUAUGUGAUCAAAAUGUGUGUCCCCGUAUUAAUAGCAAAAAAAUGUUUGUUGUUUGAAAUAGAAAAAAAUCUUUUAAACAAUUAAAUAAUUUUUUAUUUAUGUAAAUAUUUUAUAAAAGCUUAAAUUUGUCAAAAAAUUUUGUAAAAAUAAAAAAAAAAGAAAACAAAUUUUAGAGUA